UGCAGUGAGAAUCUGCUCCAUACGCACUGCUCCCGUCACCGAAGUGGGGCUAAGCAGGCGUUCAUUGCUGAUUUCAAUCAAUGGAAAAACAAUCCGAAGAAGGGUCGUUAGAUUCACUCACUUCGUCGCAAGAUCACCAGAACUGGAUUGCUGCACAAGAUUUUCUCAGGACUAAACUGAUCACAGACGAUUGUUUCACAUGGAAACUAAACACACCUGCUGGCCCAAGCGAACAAGGAGCGUUGGAAGUGUUAAGAUAUGUAGGUGGGGUUGAUAUAAGCUUCUCUAAGGAUGAGCCAUCAAUGGCAUGUGGCACCCUUGUGGUAUUAGACUUCCCAAAUUUACAAGUUGUCUACGAAGACUUCUCUUUAGUCGCUGUUCAUGUCCCUUACGUCCCCGGUUUCCUUGCAUUUAGAGAGGCUCCAGUUCUUUUAGAGCUUCUGGAGAAAAUGAAAAGGUGUAACAAUCCUUUCUACCCACAGCUGUUAUUGGUUGAUGGGAACGGAAUACUCCAUCCUCGAGGUUUUGGCCUGGCAUGUCAUCUUGGAGUUGUGGCUGAUCUCCCAACAAUUGGGAUCGGAAAGAAUCUGCAUCAUGUGGAUGGUCUUAAUCAAUCUAGAGUGAGACAGCUUCUAGAAGCUGAAGAAAACCAUGCUAAAGAUUUUAUCACUCUGGUAGGAGGAUCGGGACAGAUAUGGGGAGCGGCCAUGAGAUCUACACAGGGAUCAAUAAAGCCAAUAUUCAUUUCAAUUGGUCAUCGGAUAUCACUUCGCACUGCCAUUACAAUUGCCCAGAUGACUUGCAAGUAUCGUGUGCCUGAGCCUAUUAGGCAGGCUGAUAUAAGAUCUAGGGACUACAUCCGGAAGCUUCAAACGAAUGCCAAAACCAUGUAAUGGUUUGAUUAUGCCACGAGGCUCGUGUGAGAUAAAAUAACUGGGUUAGACAGGAUAACUGGACGCAAGGGACAUGAAUGAACUUUGAUGGUCAACCUGCACUAUAUUAGCCAUGGAUGACUUGUUAUAUCCGGAUAGGGCCAGCACAUGAAACUAAAAGGUCAAAUAAAAGGACGCUGGAACAUCUUAGCUUGGUCAUGAGUGGUCAAUCGACUGGUCAGUAAAUACUUGAACCAUCUCUGACAAGGGACAGCAUAAUUGUCAAUUUAGGAGAAGGCAGCAUCCCAUCCAUUCAGUCUUUACAUAAACUGCUUGCAAAAGGAAAGGAAUGUGUGGUCUACUGUAUCCUAAAAAGUAAUGCUAGAGCGUCUUUGGUCUUGAAAAGGUUUGUAAACAGUUAAUAGAUAUAUCUUGUUUGGAAGGCCAUGCUGUAACUGAGAAAGCGACUGGGCCUGCAGUUCUGGGAUUGACCUUCAUAAAUAAUUUAUCUCAUAUGGAUAAGUGUCAUAUCUUUUGUCCUUCCUGUAUUGGCAUGGAAGUAUUGGUUGAGAAUAUUCUUCAAGAAUGGAUCUGAUGGCCAAGAAAGCUGUAGUGUCAGUAGUUGCGGUUGGCUUGGAAACUAUAAUUUGCAUUUAGAAUAACAGCAUUCUGUGAGAGAUGAUGCUCCA